AAUUACGAAACGUCCCCACCUCACACCUAUCACCUUAAAGCGCCUGCUGGCCGGUUAAGAGUCUUGUCGUCUCAUCGGAAGACAAAUGUUGACUAUAGUCUGGUUGUGCCUCUUGGUGACGCUGGCGUCGGGGGCGCCCGAGGCCGACACCACCCAGGGCCGGCUCCGGGGGAAGUACCAGACGACGAAAGGCAACCGCACCUUCAGCGCCUUCGAGGGCAUUCCCUUCGCCAAGCCGCCCUUGGGGGCCCUCAGAUUUAAGGCGCCGGUCCCUGGGGAUAAGUGGGAUGGGGUCAAGGAGGCCACCUCCAGGCACAACGUGUGCCCACAGAGGGAUAUCUACAGGAGGGCCACGCUGAUUGAGGGGGACGAGGACUGCCUCUACCUCAAUGUUUAUACGCCACAGGUGGGUCAAUCUGCCACCCCUCUACCUGUCAUGGUGUUCUUCCACGGGGGCGGUUGGCUUUGUGGCGGCGGCAACUCCAUGUGGUACGGCCCCGAAAUUCUCCUUGACCGUGACGUUGUCCUUGUUGUCCCCAAUUACAGAUUAGGAGCGCUGGGAUUCCUAAGCACUGGGGACUCCGUCUGUCCCGGAAACAACGGCAUGAAGGACCAGAACCUGGCCCUGAGGUGGGUCAAAGACAACAUCGGGGAAUUCGGGGGCGAUGCCUCAAAAAUCACUAUUUUUGGCGAAUCGGCAGGCGGUGCCAGCGUCCAGCUGCACAUGGUGUCCCCUCUCAGCAAAGGGCUUUUCCACACGGCAAUCUCACAGAGCGGCACCGCGCACUGUCUCUGGGCCGUGGCACCCGAAAAUCAAGGGGCCAAACAUGCCAAAAUGUUGGCUGAGGAAUUUGGGUGCGAUACCGGUUCAAGUGAGGCUUUAGUCGAGUGUUUGAGGCACAUUCCUGUCUAUGAUCUAGUCGCCAAAGACCAAAUUUUUAUGAAAUGGGACACUGAUCCCAUGAUUCCCUUCAAACCGACCAUUGAACCCGCCACUGAAGGUGCCUUCCUAGUCGAACACCCCAGCGAGACCAUGAAAAAAGGUACUUUCAGUCAAGUACCAUGGAUCGUGGGGUUGAAUACCAACGAUGGGGCGCUUCGCGCCGCUGGUAUUUUUGGUAACCCGUAUUUAAUUGACGAACUUGACGACAAGUUCAAUGAAGUUGUGCCCAUUUCGCUACUUUACGACGAGACAAGUAGUAGGGCUAAGGAAGUGACCAACAAAAUUCGCAAAUUUUACUUUGGGGCGUCGAAAAUUACCGAAAGUUCGCGCUUUGAUGUUGUGGAUAUGUACACUGAUGGCUGGUUCCUGAACGGUGCCGACGAGGCCAUUCGGUACUACCUCAAAUAUGGCAAAAAGCCGGUCUAUUAUUAUUUAUUUGGCCAUCGUGGCGUUGCCAGUUUUACCGAAAUUUUCGGAGACAAGGAAAAGGACUAUGGAGUGUGUCACGCGGACGAACUUCAGUACCUAUUCCCCAUAGGUGAUGGGCUUUUCCCAGACAAGCCCCCAAGUCCGGACGACAAAAAAAUGGCCAAAAUCAUGACCACACUUUGGACCAAUUUUGCAAAAUUCGGCGAUCCAACUCCAGUUACCAACGAAGACAUCCCAAAUAAGUGGACUCCUGUCAUAUCUAAAGACAUGGAAUACUACAACAUCAACCUGGACAGCCUGGAAAUGAGACAAGGACUGUUCAAAUCACGCGCCGAAUUUUGGCGUUCUUUACCAAUUCAUGCAAAAACACAGGAAAUAAAAGAUGAACUGUGACAAAA